GUGGCGGCGGUUUUGCCAGCCCGUGAGAUGCGGGAGCACGGCGGUUAGGCUGGACACGGAAGGUGGGUUCGCCAGGUUCGCGAUCGGGGACACGGACAGUGCGAAGCAGAAAGGGAAGCAGAGGCAGCAGCCGCUGAAGAAGAAGAAGAUGUCGAGGAAAGCCAAGGUCAACCAGCUCAAGUGGUACCGUCUCAAGGCCAAAAAGAAGAUGAAGUCGCCCAAUCCCGAAGUUAGGAUCAGGUACAAGCUUGAAAAGGCAAAGAGAAAGGAGGAAUGGCUGAUUGAGAAGCUGAGGAAGUAUGAUCUCCCAAGGACACCAGAGCCAGUUCAUGACCCUGAGAUUUUGACUGAGGAGGAGAAAUUUUACCUCAAGCGAACGGGAGAGAGGAAGAAGAACUAUGUUCCUGUAGGGAGGAGGGGGGUUUUUGGUGGUGUGGUUCUCAAUAUGCACCUGCAUUGGAAGAAGCAUGAGACCGUGAAGGUGGUUUGCAAGCCCUGUCGACCUGGCCAAGUGUACGAGUAUGCCGAGGAACUAACAAGGCUCAGCAAAGGCACAGUCAUUGAUAUCAAACCCGAUAAUACCAUCAUAUUUUAUCGAGGGAAAAACUAUGUGCAGCCAAAGGUCAUGUCACCUCCUGAUACUCUUUCGAAGCAGAAGGCCUUGGAGAAAUAUAGAUAUGAACAAUCUCUUGAACAUACCAGCCAGUUUAUUGAGAAGCUGGAGAAGGAGCUUGAAGACUACCAGAAGCAUGUUGCUCUAUUUAAGAACCGUGAGGGAGCUACCCCUGUUGAUGAAGAGACCACUGUUGAUGACCCUACAAGUACUUCAUAUUCUGAAUGAUCCAACUCUUUAAUAUGCUGGAUCCAUUUAGGAAACAUGAGAGAGCUGCUCUGGAAAAGACAGUGAAGGUUUGAUCAUAUCUUGCGUGGGUUUUCACUCCUCAAGCAUGGUACAUAGAGAACAAUGAAAUGCUAAUUUGGGAGCUGGAAGAGUGCUGGAGUUCCUUCUAAGAAAUCAAGUUAUAUUUAUUGUGAUUACAAAGGUUUUCAGUCUGCAUUGCCACACUCUACUCAUUUAAUCAUUCUUACACCUGUGGCGGAUGUCAGAAGUGCACAAGAUUAUUUGUGCCUCACAGUGGAGCUUCCUCGCAUGAUCAUUGAAUUGCGCUGAGGACUUGAAAAGGGUCCAAAUAUGAAAAAAAAAAGGUAACUUCAUUCUGGUGGCUCAGUUGGACAAAGAUAGUAUUACAACCUGCCAAAGGUUUAGUCCUAGACAAUAUGGAUUAACACAAGGAUCAUAUGAUGGAUCAUGAAGCUUCUGUCGGUUUAAGCAUUGGGUCCUUUGCUAUUAUUUGAAUUAUUACAGUGAUCAGCUAACUUUUCGUUACCAUUGGAGAUUUGGUAUUGUGGUCAUUGCUAUACAACAUCAAUUACUGAAAGGAAAGAAUUAGACUUGUUUGAUCACUGAUUUUGGACGUAAUGAUGGAAUAAAUUUGUCUUAACUACAUAUUCUUAA